AUGGCAGGUGGUUCUUCGUCAUCAUUUUUCUCUCAGUUUUGGUCUUCAGCGCUCCGAAGUAAACCAACACUUCGUAAUUCAUCUCAUGUCAUCCUCGCAAACCCCGCCGGUGGUCUCGUACGCCGUCUUGGACCUUUUGACUUGCUUUUAUUAGGCAUCGGCGCUUCUAUUGGCGCCGGUAUCUUCGUCGUCACCGGCACCGUCGCCCGCGAUGCUGGUCCUGGAGUUACAGUUAGCUUCCUAUUGGCAGGAGCAUCGUGUAUUCUGAAUGGGCUAUGCUAUGCUGAACUAGCUUCUCGUUUUCCUGCAGUCGUUGGGGGAGUAUACAUGUAUACGUACACAACUUUUAAUGAGCUCACUGCUUUUCUUGUAUUUGCACAACUGAAUCUUGAUGGUCAUAUUGGUGUGGCUAGCAUAGCCCGUAGCUUAGCUAGCUACAUAGUUAAUAUAUUAGAGCUCAUACCCUCUGUAAAAGAUAAUAUUCCAAAUUGGGUUGGACAUGGUGGUGAUGAAAUCUUUGGGUUUCUAUCCAUCAAUAUAUUGGCUCCAAUCCUUCUACUACUUUUGACCAUAAUUCUUUGUCGUGGUGUUCCAGAAUCUACCCUAUUAAAUUCCAUCAUGACCAUUACCAAGGUAACUAUUAUUCUUGUGGUCAUCAUUGUUGGUGGUUUUGAGGUAGAUGCUUCAAACUGGUCACCUUUUGCUCCAAAUGGUUAUAAACCCAUGUUAACUGGGGCGACUACAGCUUUUUUCGCAUAUGUUGGAUUUGAUGCAGUUGCUAAUUUAGCCGAAGAAUCUAAAAGACCACAGAGAGACCUACCAAUAGGCAUGAUUGGGAGCCUUGUUGUUUGUCUUGUAUUAUACAUGGGAGUUUGCUUAGUUAUAACAGGUAUGGUGCCUUAUAAAUUGCUUGGAGAAGAUGCUCCGUUGGCAGAAGCAUUUAAAUCCAAAGGGUUGAACUCUGUAUCAGUCUUGAUCAGCAUUGGUGCCAUUGCAGGGCUUACAACCACUCUACUUGUUAGCCUUUAUGUUCAGUCUCGCAUGUAUGUUGGGAUUGGAAGGGAUGGUUUGCUACCUGCGAUAUUUAGUAAGGUUCAUCCAACGCGCCACACUCCAAUUCACUCUCAAAUCUGGGUUGGAGUUGUUGCCAGUAUUUUGGCUGGGCUGUUAAACGUCGAUCUGCUAUCACAUAUUCUCUCCGUUGGAACACUGACAUGUUAUUCCGUUGGGGCAGCAUGCGUGAUGACUCUUCGCUGGGAUGAUAUUGAUGAUGAUGAUGUUGAUAGUACUGAUCAAGUCUCAACCAUGUCGAGGAUGACAGACAUCAUCGUGAUUGCUUCUUGUGGUUUUGCUGCUGGAAUUAUAUACCGUUACAGUGAUUCAACUCUUGAGUAUAUGUUUCUUAUCUUACCCAUCGCUAUUGCAGUCCUUGCGUUUGCAGAUCUUCAAUUCGGGCAGGGUUGGCAUAUUUGUAGUGCACAUCAGGUGUUUAAUAGAAUGUGUGAAUCAUCAUAG